UCUACAAUACGACAAUUCCUCCCUUGAAUGAUUUUCUUUCUCCCUUUGCAUUUAGCCAUUUACACAAUACAACCCUUCAAGUCAAAAAGCCUAUAUCUCAGCUCGGGUGAUCCAAGCCAGAAGAUAAACUAUGUCUUCAAGGUUGUGCUGAUAGGUGACUCGACCGUGGGGAAAUCGCAGAUUCUGGCUUGCUUCGCCAGGAACGAGUUCAGUUUGGACUCAAAGGCCAUGAUUGGAGUCGAGUUCCAGACUCGGACUCUUGUUAUUGAGCACAAGAGCAUCAAGGCUCAGAUUUGGGAUACCGCUAGCCAAGAAAAGUACUGGCUACACUUCAUCUAGUAACUUUGUCGAUGAUCUUCUUUGUUGUCGUUGUCAAGCUUUUAAUCGGUAUAUGUGUAUGUAAGUGUUUCCUUUUUCUUUUUAUUUUUUUUUAGAUCUGUGGAUUGGUGCUGAUUUGCCUUUUCCCUUUUUUUUUUUUUUUUUAACAGCAUCAGUUUAGUUCCUGUGAAUCGAUUGGUACGUGAAAUAUUAUUUGAUACCUCAAAAUUUGAUUGAAAUGAAUUUAAUUCAUAUAA